GUUUUAAUACUUUCAACACUACUAUAUAACAAAUAAUUUGAGGAUGUCGGCCAGGGCUUGUACAACGAAAGCAGGUCAGAUUGAUACUGUGCUUGAGCUUCUUAGACAGCAAGUUUUGAACCUCAGAAGCAAGGGAAAUCUUGUAAAAGAUUCUUCCACUUACAAAAAACAAUUACUUGCCGAAAAUGAGAAGCUAAAAAGGCAAGUUGAAGAUCUGAAAGAACAGUUGGUUGAUCUUGAGACUGUGAAUGGCAGGAAGCAAUUUGGAUCACAACCUGCUAGUAAAGCUGCACCUGUAGAACCUGCUAAAGCUCAACCAAUAACUCCUGCUGCAAUGGCUCCAUCUCCAAAAGAGAACAAGAAAAAAGCAGCAAAGAAGCAAGGAAAACCAGCACAGCAACAACAAGCUGCUGCUAGUCUACCUGUUGAUGUCUCACGACUUGACAUGAGGGUUGGGUUCAUUAACAGCGCUAAACAACACCCUGAUGCAGAUGGAUUGUAUCUCGAAGAGAUAGAUUGUGGAGAACCUGAGCCACGACAGGUGAUCAGUGGUUUGGUGAAACACAUCCCUCUCGAGCAAAUGCAGCAGAGACCUUGUGUGGUACUCUGCAAUCUUAAACCUGCUAAAAUGAGAGGUAUAAUGUCUCAUGCUAUGGUGAUGUGUGCUAGUGCUCCUGAGAAAGUUGAGAUUUUGGACCCUCCAGCUGGCUCCAAACCUGGAGAUAAAGUAACUGUUGAGGGGUUCUCUGGUACACCUGACCAACAAUUGAAUCCUAAGAAAAAGGUUUUUGAAGGGAUUCAACCAGAUAUCUUAGUCUCACCUGAAGGACAUGCUCUGUAUAAAGGUGUACAAUGGAAGAUCAAUGAUCAAGUUAUAACUGCCCCUUCUAUGCGUGGUUGUGGCAUUAAAUAAAUUACUUCUUUUUUAAUCUUGGUUUUAACUUGUGUUUUCAUUGAGGGA